AUGCUGGGAACCGUGCCUGCCCAUCAGGGCCUCCACAGGUGCGGCAUUGUAGCUCUAUGGGUUCAUAAAGUGGCUGAGUGCCCCUCUGAUCCUGCCCGCCAGCCCAUGCCGCUGCGGAGAUUCGUGGGCGACAGUGACCAGCCCGGGCGGCUGCGCGCACCCCGAGGCCACCAGCCGCUCGGGCCACCAAGGGUUAAGCGCAUCGAGCUGGCGGCGCAACUUCCUCGGGACCCGCUCCAUCUUCAACUGCAUCCGCCCCUCGUGGUCCGGGAGACCCCAGCAGCCUUGCGCCCAGCAGACCCCCAUUUUCAGAGCGCAGUCUGCUGUGAGGAGCUAGACAUGCGGUACCAGUUUCCUUCCUUCCUCUCAGCACAGCCGGCUCCCCGGGAUCCCGGUCUGACGGCCAGGAUGGAGCUUGGACCGGCGACCACCGACACCUUUGUGCUGGAACUGAGGUGCCUCCAGGAUGGGGGCCCAGGACCUGACCCCCUCUCAGGUGGCAGUGGCAGGAGCGAGAGCCAGGAGAACGAAGAGGCUCAGGAGGGGAGCAGCAGCCCACCUCAGCCAGCAGCCUCAGCCCUGACAGGGGCCAGUGAAGUCAUGGAGGAAGCCCAAUCAGAGCAGCAAGAGUUGCAACUGCAACAGGGAGAGCAGCAGCCAGAGCAGCAUCCACAGCCGCAACAAGAACAACUGCAACAGCAGCAACCCCCAAACCAACUAAUAGGACAGCCACUGGAAUUGCAGCAGCCACAGCCACAGCAGGAACCAUUGCAGCAGCCACAUGGACAAGAGCAGCAGGCGUCACAACCACCACAGGAAUCAUUGCAGCAGCAAGUGCAACAACAGCAGCUGCUGAGACAACACCCAGAGGCAGAGUUGCAACAGUGUAUGCUAUUACAACAGCUCCAAGAACAACAACGGUUGCAACAACAGCAGGAACCAUUAGAACAGCUGCUGCCGCAACAGCAGCAGGAACCAUUGCAACCGCAGCAAGUACAAGAACAGCUACUGUCACAAAAACAGCAGGAACCAGUGCAGCAGCAGCAAGAGCUCCUGCUGCUGCCCCCUCAACCGGUACAAUUACAGCAGCAGCAGUUGCAAGAGCAGCAACAGGAACUCUUAGAGCUGCAGCUGCUCCAACAGCAGCAGCAGCAGUUGCAACCACAGCAACUGUUACAGCAGCAGGCCCCAGUACAACAGCCACAGUUACAACAGCAGGAACAACUACAGCAACAGCUCCUGCAGCAGCAUGAAGAGUUACAGCGGCAGCAACAGCAGCAGCUACAGGCCCACCCGCUAGACCCCGAGGAGGAGGAGGAAGAGGUGGAGCUGGAACUGAUGCCCGUGGACCUGGAGCCCGAGCAAGAGCUGGAGCGGCAGCGGCAGGAGUUGGAGCGGCAGCAGGAGCAGCGGCAGCUGCAGCUCAAACUUCAGGAGCAGCUGCAGCAGCUGGAGCAACACCUGGAACAGCAGCAACAGCAGCUGGAGCAGCAGGAGGUGCAGCUGGAGCUAACCCCGGUGGAUCUGGGCACACAGCAACAGGAGGUGCAACUAGAGCUGACGCCUGUGCAGCCGGAGCUGCAGCUGGAGCUGGUGCCAGCCCCGGGCUGUGGCAGUGCAGCCGGACCAGGGGCGCCCGCGGCGGUGGUCGUGGCGCCCCCAGGCUACGUGGUGCUACAGGAGCUCAUGGUGCUGCCAGCGGUUGCCACGUCAGCUGUGGUGGCCAUCCCGGGCCCUGCGGGCAGCGCAGCCUUGACACCAGCCCGGCAGCGGCGGCGGCGGCGUGCGCGGGACCGGCCAACCAUCUGUGGCGAGUGUGGCAAAGGCUUUAGUCGCAGCACGGACCUGGUGAGGCACCAGGCCACACACACCGGCGAACGGCCGCACCGCUGUGGUGAGUGUGGCAAGGGCUUCUCCCAGCACUCGAAUCUGGUGACUCACCAGCGCAUCCACACAGGCGAGAAGCCCUACGCCUGCUCCUACUGUGCCAAGCGCUUCAGCGAGAGCUCGGCACUGGUGCAGCACCAGCGCACACACACUGGUGAGCGGCCCUACGUCUGUGGCGACUGUGGCAAGCGCUUCAGUGUCUCGUCCAACCUGCUGCGCCACCGCCGCACGCACUCCGGUGAGCGGCCUUAUGUCUGUGAGGACUGUGGUGAGCGCUUUCGCCACAAAGUGCAGAUCCGACGCCACGAGCGCCAGCUGCAUGGUGCCGGCCGCUCACGGGGCCUUGGUCUGCUCCGCAGCACACGACCCCCUUCCACGGCGGCACCCUCGCGCCCCGAGCAGGCCACCAUGACAGCAGCAACCGCAGACAAGUUAUCAGAGUCCAGCGCACCCCUCGGACCAAGCCAGGUCUGCCCCGUAGCCCAGAUGUUUACCAGUGCUGGCCCUAUAACCAAACCUGCAGUAGAGGUGGCUGGAGACCGGUGGCCGGUGGUGCUUCGGGCGCCCUGUUCACCUGCUCCAUUCCCCACGUGGAGGUCUGAGCGCGAGGCCCGAGUGGUCCCGGCGCGCACCCCGACGGCCCCGCGUGACCGGAAAUGCCCCCCCGUGGUUGCGGGCGGGGCGGGGCCGAGCGGAGAAACUUCCGGUGCCCACGCGCCGCCGCCGCGCAGCUCGGGGCCGUCACUUUGUGUAGCUCUGGGCCCACGCCCGCCAGCAGGACCGGCGCCCAACGCGCGCUCCCCGCCCGGUCGACGCGAGCCCAUGGCAGCCCUGCACACGAUGCCAGAUGCCCCGUCCUCCCUGCUGGAGAGGGCGGAGGACGGGUCGGAAUGUGGUUCCCGUCAGGUGGAGGAGGAGGGAAAGGAGGAAGAAGUGGAGGAGUUAGACGACUCCGAGGAGGAGGAGAUAGGAGUGGAGGAAGAGGAGGAGGUGGCUGAGGGACAGGUGGCAGAGGUGAUGGCAGAGCUGGAAGAGGAGGAGGAAGUGGUGGCCGAGGAGCAGAGUCCCAUGUUGGAGACCCAGAAUCGACUGAACAGAGCAGGAAGCACCAAGUCCCCAGGCGUUCGGGAGAAGGCUCUGCAGACCUCCCAGAUUCCAGACUUUCCUGGGGAUGAGGCCUUGGAGGAGGAAGAUGAUAUGGAUGAGGAGGAGGACGAGGAGGAAGAAGAGGUGGCUGAGAAGGAGUUUUUAACAGCUGGGUCCCAGGGGCUGGUGACCUUUGAGGAUGUAGCUGUGUAUUUCUCGCUGGAGGAGUGGGACAGGCUGGACACGUGCCAGCGGGACCUCUACAAGGAUGUCAUGCAGGAGAACUAUGGCAUCCUGGUAUCUCUGGGAUAUCCAAUCCCCAAGCCGGAUCUGAUCUUCCGCCUGGAACAAGGGGAAGACCCAUGGGUCCCAGACAGCCCCCGUCCUGAGGAGGGAGACAUUGUCACUGGCGUCUACACAGGAGCCUGGUACUGGACUGAUGACAUGGAGGACCAUGAGGAGGAAGAUGAUGAGGACUUCCUGGCAGAGGUGGCGGAGGAGGAGAAUGAGCCCCCUGGGCUGUGGUCCGCUGCCUAUGGUGUGGGGGACGUUCCUGGGACGUGGGGUCCAGAUGACUCGGAUACAGCCCAGACCCUAGAGGGGUGGGGUUCUGACCCUGGUGACCUCAGGAUCCUGGCCGAUGGGUCAGAGGCGAAGCCUUUCCUAACUGACAAGGAGCCUGACUCAAACCUGGUGGCACCCUGGGUGUUUCCAGCUGCGGUAACUGCCCCAGUUGGGCGGCCAGAGACCACCUGUGAUGUAUGUGGUAAAGUGUUUCCUCACCGCUCCCGACUGGCAAAACACCAGCGCUACCACGCCGCCAUCAAGCCUUUCGGCUGUGAGGAGUGUGGCAAGGGCUUCGUGUACCGCUCACACCUGGCCAUCCACCAGCGCACGCACACGGGCGAGAAGCCCUUUCCAUGCCCAGACUGUGGCAAACGCUUUGUCUACAAGUCACACCUGGUGACGCAUCGGCGCAUUCACACCGGCGAGCGGCCUUACCGCUGCACAUUUUGCGGCGCGGGCUUUGGCCGCCGCUCCUACCUGGUUACGCAUCAGCGGACGCACACGGGUGAACGGCCCUACCCGUGCCCGCACUGUGGCCGUAGCUUUAGCCAGAGCUCAGCGCUGGCACGCCACCAAGCCGUGCACACCACCGACCGGCCGCAUUGCUGUCCGGACUGUGGCCAGACCUUUCGUCUCCGCGCCGACUUCCAGCGCCACCGGCGCGGCGGUGCUUGCACUGAGUCCGGGACCAAUGGGCGACGGGAGGACCCCUGCGAGACAGCAGGACCAGAGGAGGCCGAGGCGGAGCCCGAGCCUGAACCUGAACCUGAGCCUGAACCUGAGCCUGAACUUGAACCUGAACCUGAGCCUGAACUUGAACCUGAUGUGGGUGAGGCCGACGGGGACGGGGAUGAUGAGGCACCAGAAGCAACAGGCAGUCUGGAGCGCAAGGAGGCCACAGAGCCAAUGCGACAGAGCCUGGAGCUGGGGAACGGCCUGGGAGAGGGAGAGGGCCCAUCUUCUCACCCGCUUGGCUUCCCCUUCCCAAUGCACCCCAAGUCCUGGCUGCACCCCGAUGGUUUUCCCAUGCUGGGUCUCCCAGACUUAAGGGAUCGGCUGCCAGCCGAUGCGCAUGCCCUGCCAGGAUCCCUGGGUGGCCCACUCUCACUGGUGGAGGGUGUAGGACUGGCCUCUGAUCCCUUCAGGGGGGGCGGUGGCCCAGGGAGCGGCAGCGGAGGCGGGCUGCGAGCCUUCGGGCCUGCAGUCGGGGGACUCCUGGCCGAGCCGGCACCGGCAGCACUGCCAGAGGAGGAGAGCCCAUGGAUCUGUUCUGACUGUGGCAAGACAUUUGGGCGCCGCGCGGCGCUAGCCAAGCACCAACGCUACCACGCGGGAGAGCGACCACAUCGCUGCGCCGACUGUGGCAAGAGCUUCGUCUACGGUUCACACCUGGCACGCCAUCGGCGUACACACACGGGAGAGCGGCCCUUCCCGUGCCCAGAGUGUGGUGCGCGCUUCGCCCGUGGCUCGCAUCUGGCGGCGCACGUGCGUGGUCACACGGGCGAGAAGCCUUUCGUGUGCGGCGUGUGCGGUGCAGGCUUCAGCCGCCGCGCCCACCUGACGGCGCACGGGCGUGCGCACACGGGCGAACGACCCUAUGCCUGCGGCGAGUGCGGUCGGCGAUUCGGGCAGAGCGCGGCGCUGACUCGGCACCAGUGGGCGCACGCAGAGGAGAAGCCACACCGCUGUCCCGACUGCGGCAAGGGCUUCGGCCACAGCUCAGACUUCAAACGGCAUCGGCGCACGCACACGGGCGAGAAACCCUUCCGCUGCGCGGACUGUGGCCGCGGCUUCGCACAGCGCUCCAACCUUGCCAAACACCGCCGCGGUCACACGGGCGAACGGCCCUUCCCGUGCCCAGAGUGCGGCAAGCGCUUUUCACAGCGCUCGGUGCUGGUCACGCACCAGCGCACACACACCGGUGAGCGGCCCUACGCUUGCGGGCAUUGCGGCCGCCGUUUCUCACAGAGCUCGCACCUACUAACGCACAUGAAGACACACCGUGGCAUGACCGGCACUCCCGCCCAGGCGGCAGCCCCCAAGACCGAGGCACGCACCAAGGGCCCUGGAACCGGGACUGUGGGGUCGAGCACUGGUCCCGGGGAGCGUGGGAGCGCCCUACGGGAGUUCGCGGGUGGGACGAGCUUCGGCUCCGAGCCACCACCAGCCACAUUCCCGGGGCCCUCCAGCACCUACGAGGAGACCAGCCUGUGA